AUGGCAACCGCACAAGCACACACAUAUACUCCGACUAAGGUCGUCAAAAGUGACUUCCCUCUGAUUGACAAUGAUCCCCACUUUAAGAGAGUUGUCGGCUAUGCCAGGCCUUCCGACUACGCUCAUGGAGCAGUAGCGGCUGCUUUUGCCCCGGGAGCUCUCCUCGCCCUCGAAAAGUUCGCUCCCUCCCACGUUGGUAAGGGAGGGUUUGCUCAAGCCAUGCGACUGGCUGGCGCCAUUGGCCUCGCUGGAGGAUUUCUCUAUUUUUA